AUGCCAGGCUCAGGUGGAGGGACCACCAGACGGGCACGAGUAGCCUGUUGCCUACUGCGUGUCCGCGUGUCCGCGUGUCCGCUUACACCACGGGAUGAUACCACAAGAGACGAUGACAAUCUGGACAGUCUACCAAGCACUGCCGGAACCGACCGCAAAUGGCCUCUGAAGCUGCCCGUGCAAACAUACUCCCACUAUGCAUAUCCACAACCAGAAUUAGGCACGGACAGUCGUUUGGUCGGGUGUCCGACUUCGUGA